AGCCAGCGGCCAAGGGUGUGUUAGCGCCACAACCAGGUCCUCUUCCGCGGCCCAGCUACUCCGGCAGCUGGUCUCCUUCUUGGAGGCGUCAGCAUGGCUGCCUCUGCCUCUGCCUCUGCCGGCGUCGAGAGGGAAGAGAUGGAGCGCGAGCCCAUCAUCCCAAAGCCUCAGACGGAGGCGCACGCCUUCGGCACACGCUACCUCACCCACUCCAUCAUCGACACGCCGCUGUCGCUUAUCGGCACAACCGUCGUCGCGCCCUUCAUCGCCCUCGGCCUGCUCCUCUCGGCUCCCUUCUGCGGCCCGCUGCUCUACCAACGAUUCGCCAUGUGGCUCAUGACGGGCCCGCUGAGAGACACGCUCGCCGGCGUGCUUCUGAUGCGCAUCCCAACCUUCCUCUACGACUGGCCGAUGAUUUUCUGGUGGUUCCUCUCGUGCUCGAUCCCGUGCUCCAAAAAGGACCCGAAGGCGCAGGCCUGGUGGGUGGACACGCCGCUCUCGCAGGCCUACGCCGAGUCUCGCGCGGCCAAGUACGGCAGAAACCUCAUAUUCUGGAGCACGCUCCGGAUCGGCGACCACAAGCUCGCCACCGAGAUCGCGAUGGAUCCGAAGCGCAAGCGUACUGGCGCGCUGGACGCGUGGCAGCUCAAGGCCUUCCACGAGACGCCGCUCGUCGCCAACCUGCCCGUAUGCUACAACACCGAUGGGGCCUACCACCAGAGCUGGAGCAGGGCCUUCUUCAAGUACGUGGCCGGCGCCCGCGAGGUGACCAGCAAGUGGGACGACGACUCGCUGCCUUGCAGGGCGGCCCUGGAAGCCAGCGGCGCCGCAGAGACGGCGAGGAAGUGGGCGGCGGGCGGGCCUCCGUCAUACACGUACGACAGCGUCGGCAUGCUCAACUUCAAGCUGCUGAUGAACCUUCUCUUUGACGUCCGCGAGGAGGCCCUCACCAAGGGUGGCCUCCACAAGCUCGUCGCCCCGCCCGGGAUCGGCGGCUUCGCCGCGGCGUACGUCCUCACGCCGCCCUCGUGCCCGCCCAUCUUUGGCACCGCCUUCUCGCAGAGCGUGAUCCUGAUCAAGACCUUCCUCUUCCGCCACUGCAACGCCCGGCUCUCCACCAAGGCUGCCGGGCCGAACGAGCUGCUCGGCAGGCCCAUCGACUGGGAGGCGAUGGCGAACGAGGUGGACGGCAUCGAGUGGAUGGGGCAGAGCCCGGCGCGCGUGCCCGGCUGCUGGGACGCCUUCAUGUCCCACUGCAGCUUUGGCGACUGCUGCGGCGUCAACGGCGCGCCCUGCUGCGACUGCUGCGGCUGCGCGCCAUGCUUCUGCGCGUGCGGCUGCGAGAUCAGCGAGGUGCCGUCGAUGGCGCAGCCAAAGGUGGACGCGCUGCUCAACACAAUCUGCUGCACGCUCGUCAUCAACGCGGCGGGGCCGCAGGCGGGCAUCAGCACGCUGCUCGGCAAGUUCAUCGCCCGGCCGGUCCCCGCCAUGAUGGCCCUGUCGGCGACGCCCGCCUGUUGCAGGCCGAGCGGCUUCCGGGGCGACCUCCGCAUUGAGGCCCAAAAGUACGAGUCGGACAAGAUCGCUUACAUGCUCGAGACGCUUCGCCUCGACGGCCCGCCCGUCGCCGGCUCACACAAGGUGGUUGACGAGCGGGGCUUCGAGUGCCCGUUCCUGAACUCGCAGAAGGUGAGCUUGCCGCCCGGCUCGGUCGUGAUGGCAGACUACUUCUCGUCGAUGAUGGACCCGAAGGCUUGGAACUGCCCGUACGACUUCCGGCUCGACCGCGACCAGGACAAGUACAUCUUUUUCAACGGCCCUUACAAGCGGCCCGCGCCGCGAAAGUGCCCCGGCGAGGCGCUGUCCAUGUGCCUGAUGUCGCUCGUGCUCGACGCCGUGCUGGAGCAUAGCGGGUGGAAGGAGGGAGGAGGAGACGGCUCGCCGACGGCGGCGCCCGCACGCAUCUCGAUGGAGCGGGUCGAUGACCCGAUCGACGUCGAGAGCCACGCUCAGGCCGGCGCCGCGUCGACACCGUCCUCGUGAGCACGCCCUGGUGCGCGUAGUGUUUAGUGUCAGCUUGCAUGCCCCCCGCGACGUCUAGUCUAAAGCCGUAUGUAGCAUCGGGCAGUGUCGCAGAGGAUGUUGUGGUGUUGUGUGUGGAGCUGGUUAGCGUGGAGUUGUUGUCUCGUUGUUUCUCAGCUCGUAUUUUUCGAGCGC